AUGGUUGUGCUGUCCGCUUGCUUCUUCGCGGCCGUGCUGGGGCACCUGAGGACUUCGGCGGGCGGAGAAGCUGUUAAAGAAGAAAUUAUUCAGAUAGAAACACCCACCAGCCAAGUCAAGCAGUAUGCCUUAGCCACCCCGAUCCGCACCAAUGCGGACGGAAGCUACAUCUCCAACGUUGUUUCCGCCAGCUGGUUCAGAAGGUCCAGAAGGGACGCGGCCCCAAGCCCUAAACCGCGGUAUUUCAACGUAACAGCCUUUGGAAGGGAUUUCCACCUUCGGCUGCGGCCGAACGCCCGACUGAUAGCUCCUGGGGCAGUGGUGGAAUGGCACGAAGAUGCGGUGGAAACUGGAAACGGUACCGACAAGGUUAAGCCGGGUCAGACCGGGGGUGUCACGGACCGGAUAUGGAAAAAAGAAACGCUUUGGACCAAUUGUGCCUAUGUGGGCGACCUUGUGGAUAUCCCAGGAGCGUCAGUUGCUGUUAGCAACUGCGAUGGUCUGGCUGGAAUGAUUAGGACGGAUGAAGAUGAGUAUUUCAUUGAACCAUUGGAGAAAGGGAAGCAGGCGGAAGAAGAAAGCGGAAGGGUUCAUGUCGUCUACCGGAGGUCAGCAAUUGCGCAAAAUCCAACAGACGUUCUUCCAGACUUCCAAAGUGAAGAGUCUGAUUUUGGAGGCCCACAAAGUCUGGAUUCUGCAUACACAAUCAUAGAGGAACAUCUCAAUGAGACACUGAGGCAACGGAGGCACUCCGGGGAUGACGACUACAACAUUGAAGUGCUUCUCGGGGUGGACGACUCGGUGGUCCGGUUCCAUGGCAAAGAACAUGUCCAGAACUACCUCCUAACCCUGAUGAAUAUUGUGAAUGAAAUUUACCACGACGAAUCCUUGGGGGUCCACAUCAACGUGGUGCUGGUGCGCAUGAUGAUGCUCGGCUAUGCCAAGUCCAUCAGCUUAAUCGAACGAGGAAAUCCAUCGAGGAGCCUGGAGAACGUGUGCCGUUGGGCAUACCAGCAACAGCGGGCAGAUCCCAAGCAUUCUGAGCACCAUGACCACGCCAUCUUUCUAACCAGGCAAGAUUUUGGACCAGCUGGAAUGCAAGGGUACGCUCCAGUCACCGGCAUGUGUCACCCGGUCAGAAGCUGCACGCUCAACCAUGAAGAUGGGUUUUCCUCCGCUUUCGUAGUUGCCCAUGAGACUGGACACGUGCUGGGAAUGGAACAUGACGGGCAAGGGAACCGGUGCGGGGACGAGACGGCCAUGGGGAGUGUCAUGGCUCCGUUGGUGCAAGCAGCCUUCCACCGGUACCACUGGUCCCGCUGCAGUGGCCAGGAACUCAAGAGAUACCUACACUCCUACGACUGCCUCCUCGACGACCCCUUCGAACAUGACUGGCCCAAACUUCCGGAGCUGCCGGGGAUCAACUACUCCAUGGACGAACAGUGCCGCUUUGAUUUUGGAGUGGGCUACAGAAUGUGUACGGCGUUUCGAACCUUUGACCCGUGCAAACAGCUGUGGUGCAGCCAUCCGGAUAACCCCUAUUUCUGCAAGACAAAAAAAGGGCCGCCACUUGAUGGGACGGAAUGCGCACCGAGCAAAUGGUGCUAUAAAGGCCACUGCAUGUGGAAGAAUACAAACCAACUCCAGCAAGAUGGCAACUGGGGCGCUUGGACGAAGUUCGGCUCCUGCUCGCGGACGUGCGGAACUGGCGUCCGCUUCAGAACGCGCCAGUGCAACAAUCCCAUGCCAGUGAAUGGGGGUCAAGACUGUGCGGGUGUCAACUUUGAGUACCAACUGUGCAACAUGGAGGAGUGUCCAAAACAUUACGAAGACUUCCGAGCUCAGCAGUGCCAGCAGCGCAACUCGCAUUUCGAGUACCAGAGCACCAAACACCACUGGCUGCCGUACGAGCAUCCUGAUGCCAGCAAGAGAUGCCAGCUUUACUGCCAGUCCAAAGAGACAGGAGAUGUGGCAUAUAUGAAACAACUGACGCACGAUGGAACUCGCUGUUCCUACAAAGACCCCUUCAGCAUUUGUGUGCGCGGAGAAUGUGUGAGAGUAGGCUGCGACAAGGAAAUCGGGUCAAACAAAGCCGAAGACAAGUGCGGAGUAUGUGGGGGAGAUAAUUCUCAUUGUCGGACAGUCAAAGGGACGUUCACACGAACUCCAAAGAAGCCUGGGUACCUUAAGAUGUUUGACAUCCCCCCGGGUGCUAGACAUGUGUCUCUCCAAGAAGACGAGGCUUCCCCUCACAUUCUUGCCAUUAAGAACCAGGCAACGGGCCACUACAUUCUGAACAGCAAAAAGGAAGGCUCCAUCUCUCGUAGCUUCAUUGACAUGGGCAUAGAAUGGGAGUACCACAUAGAGGACGACAUAGAAACGCUUCAUACAGACGGCCCUUUGCAUGACGCUGUCGUGGUGUUGAUCAUUCCUCAGGACAACGACACGCAGUCCAGCCUGACUUACAAGUACAUCAUCCACGAGGAUUCGGUGCCCAAUGUCAACAGCAACAACGUGCUGCAAGAGGAACUGGACACUUUUGAAUGGGCUUUGAAGAGUUGGUCCCAGUGUUCCAAGCCAUGUGGAGGAGGUUUCCAGUACACCAAGUACGGGUGUCGCAGGAAGAGCGAAAACAAAAUGGUCCACCGUAGCUUCUGUGAAGCCAGCAAAAAGCCAAAGCCCAUUCGCAGGAUGUGCAACCUUCAGGAAUGCACGCAGCCUUUCUGGGUAUCGGAAGACUGGGAACACUGUACCAAAACCUGUGGGACCUCCGGUUAUCAGAUCCGCACAGUCCGUUGCAUCCAGCUGCUCCACGACGGCGCGAACCGCUCGAUCCAUUUCAAGUAUUGCACUGGGGAUCGCCCGGAGAGCCGCAGGCCGUGCAACCGAUCCCCGUGCCCCGGCCAGUGGAAAACAUGGCCCUGGAGUCCAUGUUCCGUGACCUGUGGGGAAGGGACCGAAUCCAGGCAGGUUUCAUGUCGUGCCGGUGACCAGUGUGACGGAGAAAAGCCAGAAUCCGUGCGGGUGUGCAAGCUUGCUCCCUGCAAUGAUGAACCUUGCCAGGGAGACAAGUCAAUUUUCUGCCAGAUGGAGGUUCUGGCCCGCUACUGCUCCAUUCCUGGCUACAAAAAGCUCUGCUGCGAAUCCUGCAGCAAACACAGCAGCACCCUCCCGCCCCCUUUCCUUAGCGAAGCUGCAGAGACCGACGAGGACAUGAUGGCCAACCCUGGAGACGUACCCAAAAUGUGGGCCGCUCCCGCUUCUUUAGUCCCUCCUCGCUCCGAGUCCGCACUGUUGAGACGAGUCCCUUCGAGCCGGAUCUCCCUUGCAGAAGAAGAUGUGCACGCACUCAUUCCUCCAUCCCACAGCGGGCCCCGAGCAUCUGACCGUUCCCAACGGAGAGGUCACAACCCUGUGCGGAAUAAGACUUCUGGGCCCCUUGCAGUGCCGUAUCAGUCUCCUACCAAGAGCGAUCAUCUUGCAAACCAUGGCUCCUUGGCCUUGCUAGCGACUGAGCCUGCUGUGGUGCAGAGCGGCCGUUCGGCGGGCGCUCCGUCGAACAGAACCACGAGGAGAACCGAACAGCAGGCUGACAGGCGACAGGCUCCGAAGUCUUCCACAGUGGAAAGAUGA